GAAUAAGUAAAACACAACUAACUUAAAACAUGUAAAUGAGAUUUUUAUUAGUACAUCUUUUGCGGGGCUUAUUCCCUCUGAAUUUGGCCAACUUUACCAUUUGGAGACACUACUACUAGAUAUUAAUACCUUGAGUGGUUCGAUUCCACAUGACCUCUUUAACAUUUCAACUCUUCGAAGCCUUGCACUUGAUGGCAAUGCUCUGUCGGGCGUUCUUCCAACCCAUUUAUGCCAUGCCUCUCUCUUUCUUAAAAGAUUGUUUCUUGGCGGUAAUUCCAUGAGUGGAGCAAUACCCAACUCUAUCUCUAACUGUUCUCAACUCACAGUGCUCGCACUUGAGAACAACAAAUUCAGUGGUUAUAUACCUACUCAUCUCGGCAACCUAAGACUUCUCCAAGUUCUUUCUCUGUUCGGCAACAAUCUUACCCAGGCACCAUCUUCUUCCUUCAUUACUUCAUUGACAAAUUGCAGCUUUCUAACUUAUUUGUCAAUUUCCGAAAAUCCACUAUACGGCGUCAUUCCGGCUUCUGUAGGGAACUUAUCUUCCUCGCUUCGAACAUUCACUGCCAAAAACUGCAAAUUCAGUGGCAACAUUCCUGUUGAAAUAGGCAAUUUAAGCAAUUUGGUGACAUUGGUUUUCGAAGCAAAUGAGUUAUCUGGUAAUAUUCCACUAACUAUCAGAUAUUUGCAUAAACUUCAAGGAUUAUAUCUGGUUGAUAACAUGUUGGAAGGCUCCAUUCCACAUGCUAUAUGUGAUCUAUUCAGCCUCAAUACUUUAGUUAUGAGCCAGAAUCAAUUUUCUGGUUCGAUUCCUAAAUGUUUGGGAGAUGUCUCUUCUUUGAGAAAUAUUUUUCUAGACUCCAACAUGCUGAAUUCAAGCAUACCAUCAAGCUUAUGGGGCCUAAAAGAUUUGAACUCUCUAGGCUUGUCCUCGAAUUCAUUGAAUGGGUUCUUACCUCAAGAGAUAAGUAACUUAGGAGCAGCGAUCUAUAUAAAUCUAGCGAUGAAUCAGUUGUCAGGGUCAAUUCCAAGCACUAUCGGAAAGUUGCAGAGUUUGGUUAAUCUGUCUUUGGCAAAUAAUAGACUAGAAGGUUCUAUUCCGAUGACUGUGGGAAGCAUGAUCAGUUUGGCAACUCUCGACUUGUCGUACAACAACCUCUCCGGUUCCAUUCCAAAGUCUUUAGAAGCACUUCAACACCUCGAGUACUUUAAUGUCUCUUUCAAUAGUUUAAGUGGAGAAAUUCCUAAUGGAGGUUCUUUUAGAAACUUCACUAUGGAUUGUUUUAAGGGUAAUGAGGCAUUGUGUGGAAUCCCCAAGUUCCAUGUCCAAAUUUGCUCUCCAAUUUCUAAUCACAGAUCAAAGAGAAAGAAGGUGGAGCGAGCUUCAUUUAUUGUUUUCGGGGUUGUGGCUUUCAUCUCAGUUGUUUAUUUGGCCUUUAUAAUUGUCAGAAACAAAAGGAAAGAUAAGACGACUAGAGAAGUUGAUAAGUUGAUAUCCAUUGUGCCGGAAAGAAUCUCUUAUUAUGAACUGCUGCAAGCAACAAAAAAAUUCGAUGAAAGUAAUUUACUUGGCACUGGGAGUUCUUGCUCUGUUUAUAAGGAAAUUCUUAACAAUGGGAAGGAUAUCGUUGUCAAGGUGUUUAAUAUGCAUCUAGAAGGUAUUUCAAGAAUAUUUGAUGUCGAAUGUGAGAUACUACGUAGCAUUCGACAUAGGAAUUUGACAAGCGUCAUAAGCAGUUGCUCUAAUGAAGAGUUCAAGGCAUUAGUACUUGAAUAUAUGCCAAAGGGAAACCUUGAAAAUUGGUUAUAUUUUCACAACUAUUGUUUGAAUGUGACGGAAAGAUUGAAUAUAAUGAUUGAUGUUGCAUCUGCUUUGGAGUAUCUUCACCAUGGUUAUUCAACGCCCAUUGUCCACAGCGACUUGAAGCCUAGUAAUGUGUUGUUAGAUGAAGACAUGGUAGCCCAUGUAAGCGAUUUUGGGAUAGCAAAGUUGUUAUGCGAUGGAGAUAGCUUUGUGUUAACCAACACGUUAGCAACAUUGGGUUACAUCGCUCCAGAGUAUGGUUCGGAAGGGCUAGUUUCGACAAGGUGUGAUGUAUAUAGCUACGGAGUGAUGCUAAUUGAAACUUUUACGAGAAAAAGGCCUACUGAUGAUAUGUUUUGUGGAGAUACGAGCUUAAAGAGAUGGGUAGAACUCUCUCUUCCAGAGAUCCCAAAUGAAGUGAUAGAUGCUAACUUAGUCAUGAAUUUGGAGGAAAAACAGAUUGACAAGAAUCUGCAGUGUGUAUCAUCCAUACUGGAAUUGGCUUUGAAAUGCUCUGCGGACUCUCCCAGGGAUAGAAUCAACAUGAAACAAGCACAUGCGGAGUUGCAGAAAAUCAAACGACGAUUUUCCCAAUAA